UGUUUCCGGUUCCGGGUCAGCUUCAGUCUGUUUCCGGUUCCGGGUCAGCUGCGGUAAACUCAAACUGAGAGGAGCUCAUUCCAAAAAGGAAAACAAAGACCCUCCAAAGAUCCUCCACCAGGACUCUACCGGUCUACCAGGACUCCCCCGGUCCCCAAACCCCUCCGGAGGUAUUUGAAGCCGUUCUGAUGGACCGGGCUCCGGUCAGACCGUCAGGAAGGUUCCGGUCCCCGUCCUCUUGCUGGGGUUUCCCCGGAACUCCACACGGAGGCUCCGGUCCCCCCCGAAGCGGAUCUCCUCGUGGUGGUUCUCCCUACUCUCCGGUCUACUCCCCGACCUCCGUCCGGGGUUACAGGGACGGGUCUCCGGCCAGGUUCGGCAGCGGGUCCCGGGGCUCCGGGGGGGGGAUGUGGCGAAGGGGAUCCGGCUUCCGUCGGUACCAGUCCUUCAGUCCCUCAGCUCAACACAACCAGGUGAAGUGGAUUAAACCUGAAUCGGGGUCCUCGGACGCUCCGGUGGAGAAGUACUUCAGUCCCUCGAUGAUGCAGGAUCCCUGGGCGGCUCUGCAGCCGGUCGCUGUCGCUGACAGCUGGACGCCAUGACAGGACCGUCGGGCUCAGCAGGAGAGCCCGGUCUGAGCGUGCUCAGUCACCAGCAGGCUUUGUUUGUGGGCAGCUUGGUGAUGAAAUCAGGGAACGUGUUAAACGAUGUUUUUAAAUGUUUUUAACGUUUUAGACGGACGCUUCUUCUUCAUGGGAUUUUAUUCUCUCAACGUUUCUACUGAAGUUUAUUUUGAAAAAUUAAAGGUUAAGCUUUGAACUUCC